AUGGCAAGUGAGAAGAACUCGAGUAAACUUGAUGGCAAAGACAAAGGGCAGUCUGUUUUAGAGUCUCAUGGCUUUACAGUUCACGAGACCGUCGGUCAUGGAUCAUAUGCCGCUGUAAAGUGUGCAUAUUCCAAUAAACACAAGUGCAAAGUAGCGAUCAAGGUGGUGUCCAAACGAAAAGCUCCUGAAGACUAUCUCGUCAAGUUCUUACCGCGAGAGAUACAGGUUGUCAAGCUUUUGAAACAUCCGAACUUGAUAUGCUUCCUGCAGUCAAUCGAGACUACCAGUCGCGUCUAUUUGAUUAUGGAGCUUGCGGAUAAUGGAGACUUGCUGGACUACAUCAAGGCCAACGGUGCUUGCCCGGAGGAACAGACAGGAAUGUGGUUUCACCAACUGGUUGAUGGCAUGGAAUAUUGUCACAACUUGGGCGUUGUCCAUAGAGACCUGAAAUGCGAGAACCUGCUGCUCAACAAAAACAAUAUGUUGAAGAUCACGGAUUUUGGUUUUGCCCGCAGCAAGAUGAAGCCAUCAGAACCUGGGAGAACCAUUCUUAGCGAGACCUACUGUGGAAGUUACGCAUACGCCCCUCCCGAGAUCCUGAGAGGAAUUCCUUACUGUCCGAUGCUGGGAGAUAUCUGGAGCAUGGGUGUCAUCCUGUACACCAUGUUGUACGGACGGCUACCAUACGACGACACCAACCACAAGGUUCUCCUGAAUCAGGUACAAAGACCUCCUGGAUUCCCCAACAGCAAGGUCGUCCCGGGUGACUGCAAGGACCUCAUCUGUAGAAUCCUGUCCCCUGCAAAACGGCGGAUCAACAUGGAAGAGAUUCAACAAAACGCCUGGUAUAUCAGGGUCACACCAACUGCUGGGAAACCUAAGAAAUCAGUCAUAACCAAGCAAACGGGGGAAGGUCAGAACACAGCUGCCCAAGAUAAGAAAGACUAAUACAUCGAUAGUUAAUAUGUUAAGUAGUAAAGUUUCCCAUACAAAUCUCGAGCUACUAUGCCAGAUAUGAAUAAUAUG